UUGCCCAUUCUGUACGGGAGAACGGUCGAGUUAAGGUGUGGCCUGCGGCGGGCUGGUCGCGAGAGGAUCCGUAGGAGCGCGAGCGAGACAGCGGGACAGGGUCGUGGCACGGGCUAGAGAAAGACGGGAGGAGGCCAGAGAGACACAAUCCGUCGUCGUCGGUGGUGCGCGAAGAUAGAGAGGGACAGAAGGAGAGACGGAGGAAAAAGAGGAGAGACGAGAGAGCCACGGCGAGGAGAGCGGAAAAAAGGGAGAAAAAGAACAGGAAGUCGGUACGGCGGCCGACGGAAGACGCGUCGAGCGAUGCUGGAGGGAUUCGUGAGGUGAGGGCGACGGUCUGCUCUCGGGCCGAGUACCUUGUGUUCGCUUCGGUCCAGCGUCGGAGCCCCAGCAGCAUCCCUUUAUCGGGAGAGGUCGCGGAGGAACGUCCCGCUUCGCCGCCUGCCCCGACGGUUCGACGCGUUUGCGAGUUUCGGAGCAGCCAGAGCCCCAGCAGCAGCCAGGACACACGCAGAAUGCCACCGAGGAUCCCGAGGAGCGGAGAGACGCGAGGUUCCCGGGAGCCCCGCUCGGGAUAAAUCGGAUCGAGGCUCGGCGGCGUGGAUCAUGCGUUUACCGAACGGGACACAGUCCGCGGCUCUAGCGUUAAUUGGGCCUGUCGUCUUUAUUUACGAAAGGAUCAAUAAUCGAGACGAGCUGCUGCCGCUGCUGCUGUUUGCCGCGGGGAAGGAGAGGAGGGCGACGACGGUGGAGGAGGUGGUGGAGAUGGUGGAGUAGAGCGGCGGCCGACCGACUGCCGCAGGAAGUGAUGGUCAACACGUGAGAACGACGCCGUGGAACGUGGACGCAAGCCCGGGACCACGUCUCGGACGCACAUGCUCUGUCACGCAAUUUCAAGUGCCAUUUCAUUGCAUUCGAUGAAUGCCCAUCACACGGAUGACUCUCCUGGCCCAGCACCGUACGCCUGUCUACGGUCCAUGGAGCAGAAUCAUGCGCCUGCACCCUGACCGUCUCGUAGCAGCACACGGUAACAUGCUGCUGGAAAGUGCCAUAGGGAGUUGGAGACCUUUGGAACACUGCGAAGCCUGAGCACAGCCUUUUUGGAGUACGAUGGGAGACAGAGAGGUCACAGGGACCAGGGGAUUUCCUCUGUGAGGAUAUAAGAGGGGCAGGCGUGUUUCAAAUGAAUUGAAGACCAAAGAAGCAUCAGGAAUUUGAAUUAAAGCCCGCAACAUGCCGGGAGGAAGUGUUAUGGAGGAGGAUCUCGUGGGCCCGGAGUGGCUCUUCAGGGAGCUCAGGUCUCAGGAAGGCCCUGACAAGCUCCUCAUCCUCGAUUGCAGGGCGCAUUCCGAUUUCUCUGAGACCCAUAUAAGAGGUUCGGUUCCUUUAGCUAUACCUAGUAUCAUGCUGAGACGGCUAGCAGCGGGCAAAGUUGACCUACUGUCAACGAUACGGUGCUUAGAUCUAAGAAAUAGGGUUGAAGUGUUUCUGUGUGGAGACGAAAACAAUAGAGGAACAUUCGUGUUAAUCGGUGACUCUACAGACCCUGCAGGACAUCAGGGUGAAACUAUCCAGGUCUUGAGUCGGAGACUCAGAAGCAGUGGAGGAUGUGUAGCUAUUUUAAUUGGUGGUUUUAGUGCAUUCAGAGAUAAAUAUCCUGAAUGGUGUGAAGUUAGUCAAGUUGGAGGGGAAUGUCCUCCAGGUCAAGACUCCAAUGACGGUGAAUUGAUGGGUCUUAGAUCCCUUCGAAUAUCCACUCCACCAACAAGGUCUUACUCAGAUUCUGAUAGUGAUAGCACGUGUGAUUCUGUUGGACCCGAGGAGGAUAAAGACUUUCCAGUUGAAAUUUUGCCUCAUUUGUAUCUUGGGAAUGCAGCCAACAGCGAGGAUAGGGACGCGUUAGCACGUCACAGGAUACAAUACAUUCUCAACGUAACCCCAGAUUUGCCAAAUGUAUUUGAAAGCGCUGGUUCGAUAAAAUACAUGCAAAUACCCAUAAGCGAUCAUUGGAGCCAGAACUUAGCUAGUUUCUUUCCACAAGCAAUUCAAUUCAUCGAGGAGGCACGAAGCUCGGACAAGGGCGUGUUAGUGCACUGUUUAGCGGGGGUCUCGCGGUCCGUGACGAUCACCGUAGCCUACCUGAUGCACAAGUGCAGCCUCAGUCUGAACGACGCUUUCAACUUAGUUCGUAGUCGGAAGUCGAACGUUGCGCCGAAUUUCCAUUUUAUGGAGCAACUGCACAGCUUCGAGAAGGAGCUGAGGGACAGGGGGGACCGUAACAGGGGCAACGAGCAGCGGUGCAUCGGCGCCUGCAGACCGGGGGGCCCGUGCAACUGUCCGGCGCCGAGUUUCCUCAGCCCGAUCGAUUUGGGCCUCAGUCCCGAUUCAGGUAUAGAAUUCGAUAGGUGGGCGGCGAGCACGCCGGCCGAAUGAGACGGGCCAGGGGGGACCCAAUACAAAUUUUAGGUCCCUCCUAGUGCGCCCCAUGCCAUAGUAGAAGAAGAGCCCUAAUUGAAGGGUACGGGAAACGAAAUUUACAUUCUGCGUCGCGGUAUCGACGACGACAGGCGGUGUCGAGAUACACAUACAAUGUAGACACGACCGUGGUUGUUAAACGGCUCAGCCUUUCCGCUAUUUUUCUACCAGAAAUACUUUCUCGCGAGCCAUUCUCCUCUUGUCGCUUGCGGGAGUGGCCACUGGGCUUUUUCUGUUCCAAAGCUGUACGAUGUUUCCACUUUCUAACCCUUUGAGGACGAGUCUGUUCACGCUCUUCCUUUCUAACAGUAUUCGAGACUCUAAUCCGGUCCCCUGAGGAAAAUUUUAGCUAUUAGAAGCUAUCUUUCUUUUUCCUUUCUCUUACAAAAUGGCUGAGCUAGCUACACAUUUUUAGUCAGCUAAGAGGUCGUGAGUUUGAUGUAUGAAAACGUUUGGAGAAUGUCCUCAAAGGGUUGAUGCGACGCAGGGUCGUGUUAUAGCUUAGGAAGAGAGAGAAAUAGCGUUCUCUGUGACUAUUUCUUUGUCUAAGUUGGUCGCGGAUAGCGUUGAUCACUGAAAGUAUUUUAUAAUUGAAAGCCGCGCCGAUUCUUAGGCGCGCUGUUGUGAUUGUACGUUAUGAGAUUAUGCUUCCAAGUCCGAGAUUUUCUGUGCAGGUCGUAAUAGCGUCCGAGACGUGUUGAGUUCGUUGGUCAGCGCUACGUUGGUCCCCCCUUUUUCAGCCGGCAGCCCCCCUCCUCCUCCCCCAUACAUUUCUAGUGAAAAUACACUUUUAUACGUACACUAUACUCCUCGAAAGACGAAAUCUAUAUUUUUAAUACUUACUCCCUGAACCCUUCAAUUAACGAGGCUGUGUUUGUUUAAUCACAGACGAUGCUUACUGUGAACAGGAUUCAAUUGAGACAGAAAAGAAAACAAGUAAUUUCUAUGAAUCGUCGAACCCAGGCAAUCACAUGUAGAAACUAUGGAAAAUGAAAACGUUUUAAAAAAAAAUGAGAGAAAGAGAGAGAGAGAGAAAGAAAGAAAGAGAGAGAGAGAGAGAUCACUGCUUGACACACUAAUUUUUAAGUUAUCGGAGGUACAAAAAUUUGAAGAAUGUCUCGUACUCAACAGUUAGUUGAUAAAGUAAAUAUAUAUAUAUGUACACAUAUGUAAAGUAAUUUGAAACUCAAGCGUAAUUUUUGACAUAGUUUUUCAAUACACAAAAGUGACUUAUCUUGAGAAAAGGGUAUUUCUCUCGGUGCACACCGCUCUAGCAACAAUUUGCAGAGUGGUGUGCACGUGUUUUCUCGAGCGAACAUCUCGGUUAAAUAAAUUUAAGGAGUACAUCUUAUGCGGAUCAGUGCAUUUCUAUAGGGCAUUCCGAAUUUCUUCUACUUCCAAAACGAAAAUCGGGGUCGUCGUGCACAAAUACAAUCGUCCUCAAUGUUUUUCACUCAUGUUUCAACAAAUGUCAACGAUUGGACUGCAGAUGUUCAUGCAAAUUUCCAUUUUUAUAGACUACAUCGACCUCGUUACAAAAAAGUAACCCUAGAAUUGUAAUUAGAAAAUAAUCUACACAUUUUAUUGCGUCUUUUUAUCUUUUUUUUUUUUUAACCGUGCAAAGAUGUCUGCAGCCCACUGACGGUGGAAUUAGGGUCUUUUUUGGUCAAUUACAGUCGGUUACAAAAGUUUGCACACACCUGCCAAAUUAAAAAAGGGUUUCAGAAGUUUUGUGGACAUUUCUGUAGAAACUGUAAAAAAACGUCGUUGUCUCUUUUGUCUUAAAAACCUCACGAAUGUCCGCAAAACGUUCGAAGCAACUUUUUUUUCUGUUCUGGUAAGGGGAUGUUCGAAGUUUCACGGAGUUGUUUUUGCACCGCGAUCCUUGAUCCUGUACGUCGACAAAAGGAUGCAACUAACGAAUGCUGUACAGCAAUUUGAACACUAAAUUUUUGAAUUGUACGAAUCAGCACUGUUUCUAUUUACCUUACAGAUCUCAGAUAUAUAUUUAAAAUUAUUUUUGUAAAAACGAAGAAGCUAAUCGCAUUCACAUUCCCACAAUGAGCCACAUUGACCUGAUAUACUUGUAACGACUAUCUUUCAUGUACUAUAUGUAUUGUUCAUCGAGCAUAAUUGAAAAAGUUAAUAUGAGUGUACACACAUCGAACAAACACCGACACACUACAAUACACACACACACGCACACGCCGCAUACCCACACGUACACACACUCUCACAGUGAAUGUUAUUUUUCAUGUAAUUAACUAAAAAAAAGUUGCGGUAACGAACUCUUGACUAUUUGCGAGGGCGAAAAUUGAUAUACAACUAAGGAAAUAUAUAUUUGACGUUAAUGUAAUAACAAUAUUCUACUAUUACACUGUUGUCUGUUGUAUGUUUAUCGGGCGUGAUGCUCGAAAGAUUUAAUCAAAUAUUAUGUAUAUUACAUAAAUUAUUAUUUUAUAUUCA